AUGGCUUCAAAUUUACCAUUUCUCGGUUCAAUUUGCGAAGGAUGUCUCAGUAUUGAUAGACGUUUAACAGCAAUAACUGAAGAAAAUAAUCUAAAAAUUUUUGGUGAACUACUGGGUGAUUUGGACUCCAUAAGUCAACCGUUAUUGUUGUGUUGGGAGUGCACAGCCAUAAUUAAAAAAAUAUCAAGAUUUAUCCGCCAAGUGAAGACGGCUCAUAACUGUCUAGUUAAAUAUAUGGUACAACAAUCGACACACCUAUUGCCCCUGUCGAAACUAUCAAAGAAAGACGUAGACACAAACACCCAAGAAUUCAAAUAUGAUGAAACCCUCGAGCUGUCCCAAAAUCUACACGAACCUGAUGGAACCCUGCCAUUAACAUUCAUUAAGAUAGAGGAUCAAGAUCACGAGUCUGUUGAUGAUUUUUAUAUUGAUGAUGUGUGUGAUAAGAAUGUGGAAGAACAGGGACUGGACAAUGAGGAUCUUAAGACAGUUAUUAAAUCGGAUCCUUUCAUCCAAGAAGAUGCAAUUCAUAACGGCAAAACAAAGACAAAUGAUAAUAAAAGAAAGACUCUAACAGAAGACUUUACUGACUCUGACGAUGAACCAUUAAAACUUAAGAAGAAAGAUACAGAACUAGAAACAGAAAGAGUGCAGCGUAAAUCUAAAAAGAGAAAGAAAAAGAAGGAAGAAAUAAAAAUCGAUCGCCGGAAGCAUCCAGCGCCAAAGCGCGAGAAGCCAGCCGGCGUGGUGACCAACUCCAGGGUCAGUAAGAAACUGCAACAGCUGAACAUGGACAGCAGCCAGUUGGAGAUGGUCGUGCUGAGCUGGGAGGAGGUACAAGAGGAACGGCAGAAGGCACUCCUCAGUGAGACAUUCACGAGGCACGAGUACCGGUGUUACGAUUGCGCGCUCGGCUUCAAUCACCGGUUCAAGUUGGACAACCACAUGAAGAAGCACGAUCCGGAAUCCGGUCCAGAAGUGUGCAACAUCUGUAAAGUGCGCUGUAGAGAUGCUCAUGCACUAUGCGCUCACAGAAGAAGACAUCGAGUUAGGUGGCGCUGCGUGCAGUGCGGGGGCGCGUGGUCGCGCGCGGGUGUGGGCGCCGACCACGUGGCGCGGCAGCACGGCGCGCCCGCGCCCGCGCACCGCUGCUCCGUGUGCGGACACCGCGCGCCUACCCUGGGCAAACUUCGGAACCAUAUAAAGAAUCACUCGGAACGGCAGAAAUGUGACUUGUGUGGGAAGACGUUCAGGGAUCGAACUUCUCUGCGGACACAUCUUUUUAUCCACAACGGAGAGAAGGAGUACGAGUGCCCGCGCUGUGGGAAACGAUUCCUGUUCAAAAAGGCCAUGCAGAUCCAUCUCGUCACACAUGAGUCCUCCGCGCAGGUCUACUGCUAUCAGUGCGACAUGAACUUCAAAAACCAGAUGUCGUAUAACCAACACAUUAAGUACAACUUGAAGCAUAUCGAUCCGGCGAAACUGAAAUACGCAUGCCAACUUUGCGACAAGAAGUUCGUGAAGGCGAAACGAUUGGAAGAGCACAACCUCGCCGUGCAUUUGAAGGUUACGCCGAUACAGUGCACGAUGCCGGGUUGUAGUUUUGCGUGCUCGUCGCGGCCGGUGCUGCGCACGCACGUGCGCGUCACGCACCGCAACGUGCGCGCGCGCCCCAACCACGUGUGCGACGUCUGCGGGAAGGCCUACACCAGCAAGAAGAGCCUGGAGGGCCACCUGCGGGCACACUCCGGCGAGCGGCCGUUCGGCUGCGCGCGCUGCCCGGCCGCGUUCGGCUACGAGGCGGCGCUCUACAACCACAACCGCCUCGUGCACCUCAAGCCCAAGAUCGGACGAGGGCGCAACGCAACAAGCGACGCCGCUGCAGGAGCAGUACCAGCAGUGGAGCCCAGCGUCCCACGGGACCCAGUCGAGACCACCGUCCCACAGGACUGGCGCUCCGUAGAGUUAUCAAUUCAACCAGAGGAAGUUUCUUCGCGGCAGUCCGUUACAGACACCAUGUCACUUAAAUGA